AAAAUAUUGGAACAAUGUCAUUCACUUUACUAACUAAUCACCAUGUGAGGUUCUGACAACUCUAUCUCUCUCUCUCUCUCUCUAGCUCUCUCUUUCAUAUACUUGUAUCUCACUUGAUAUUUGGCGGAUUCCAAUUGGUUCUUUAAUUUGAGAGCUGGAUCGGUAAAUGGCAACUUCUUCAUCAAGAGGAAGAAGUAGUUCACCUUUCCACCACCGGAAGCCAUCAAGUCCUUUUUCUUCAGCUUCAUCAACGUCUUCUUUUAAUAAGCAGCUCAUUCCUCGCUCCUGCUCCUCUUCCGCAACUACGUCGUUCUACGGGGCUUCUGGUAACGGUUACGGUUCCAGAUCCAUUACUCCCGGUGGGGCUAGGUCGGAUUCGAUGUAUUCUAAAGGAGGUUAUGGAGGUCGGUCACCGGUCGGUUUUCCGUCUGUUGAUGAGCUUAUUGGAGAGCCGGGUGAUAGUAUGCCGAGAUCGGGAGGAGGUGAUAGCAUUUCUGUAACGAUUCGGUUUCGGCCGUUGAGUGAACGAGAGUAUCAGAGAGGAGACGAGAUUUCUUGGUACGCUGACGGAGAUAAGCUUGUUCGAAACGAGUACAAUCCAGUUACCUCCUAUGCAUUUGAUAGAGUUUUUGGACCCUCUGCUGUCACUCAGGAAGUGUAUGAAGUAGCUGCUCGACCUGUUGUGAAGAAUGCUAUGGAAGGAGUAAACGGCACUGUCUUUGCUUAUGGUGUUACAAGUAGUGGGAAGACACAUACAAUGCACGGUGAUCACCAUUCUCCUGGAAUAAUACCACUGGCUAUAAAGGAUGUUUUCAGCAUUAUUCAGGAUACUCCAGGAAGGGAGUUCUUGUUGCGUGUAUCAUAUCUUGAGAUCUACAAUGAGGUCAUCAAUGAUUUGCUCGAUCCAACUGGACAAAAUCUUCGUGUUCGAGAAGAUGCACAGGGUACAUACGUUGAGGGUAUAAAGGAAGAGGUUGUUUUAUCCCCUGGGCAUGCCCUUUCUUUUAUUGCUGCUGGUGAAGAACAUCGCCAUGUUGGUUCUAAUAAUUUUAAUCUGCUUAGUAGCCGUAGCCACACAAUAUUUACUCUGAUGAUUGAAAGCAGUGCCCAUGGUGAUGAAUAUGAUGGUGUAAUAUUUUCCCAACUUAAUCUAAUUGAUCUUGCGGGAUCAGAAAGCUCAAAAACUGAAACAACUGGAUUGAGGAGAAAGGAAGGAUCUUACAUAAACAAAAGUCUUCUAACACUUGGAACUGUAAUUGGAAAGCUUAGUGAGGGGAAGGCUUCUCAUGUUCCAUAUAGAGAUUCCAAGCUUACUCGCCUACUACAGUCUUCAUUGAGUGGCCAUGGACAUGUUUCACUUAUCUGCACCAUAACUCCAGCUUCUAGUAACAUGGAGGAGACACACAAUACAUUAAAAUUUGCAAGUAGGGCAAAGCGUGUUGAAAUCUAUGCUUCUCGGAACAAGAUUAUUGAUGAGAAGUCUUUGAUUAAGAAGUACCAAAGAGAAAUAUCAGUUCUGAAACAAGAGCUUGAUCAGUUAAGACGUGGGAUGCUUGUAGGUGUUAAUCCCGAAGAGAUAAUGACCUUAAAACAAAAGUUAGAAGAAGGACAAGUAAAGAUGCAGUCACGUUUGGAGGAAGAGGAAGAAGCUAAAGCAGCUUUAAUGAGUAGAAUUCAAAGGCUCACAAAACUAAUACUUGUUUCUUCAAAAAACACAAUUCCUGGGUUAACUCAUCAAAGGAGUUUCUCUGCCAAUGAGGAGGAUAAUAGUUCUCUGCUAUUGCAAAGUGAUAAUCUGAAUGAUACUCCAUCAGAAAUGUCUCAUGAACUCAAACACAGAAGAAAUUCCAGUAACUUAUCAGCUGCAGGUAGCACUAUCACUGAGUCAACUCAAAUGGGUGACCUUGUUGGUGGUGGAAAACUGGGUGUAAUCUCGAUAGAUCAAAUGGAUCUUUUAGUGGAGCAAGUUAAAAUGCUUGCAGGAGAGAUAGCAUUCAGUUCAAGUACAAUGAAGCGUUUAAUGGAACAGUCUGCAAAUGAUCCCGAAAGCUCAAAAACUCAAAUAGAAAAUUUGGAACGUGAAAUUGAAGAAAAGAGAAGGCAAAUGAGGGUCUUGGAGAAACAGAUUAUUGAAAGUAAUGAAGCUUCAAUUUCUAAUACAUCAUUGGCUGAUAUGCAGCAGACAAUGAUGAGAUUGAUGACACAAUGUGAUGAAAAGGGUUUUGAGUUAGAGAUAAAGUCAGCAGACAAUCGCAUCCUCCAGGAACAAUUGCAGACCAAGUGUAUAGAAAAUAAAGAACUGCAAGAGAGAAUCACACUGCUGGAACAACAACUGGCUGUAGCCAAUAAUGAGAAAUCCCAGUCAUCAACUGGACAGAAUGUAUCUGAAGAAUACAUCAACGAGCUAAGAAAGAAAAUUCAGAUGCAGGAGGUAAAGAACGAGAAACUAAAACUGGAGCACGUUCAUAUACUAGAAGAAAACAGUGGAUUAUCAGUACAAAACCAAAAGCUAUCAGAAGAAGCAUCUUACGCAAAAGAACUAGCAUCUGCUGCAGCUGUUGAACUAAAAAAUCUAGCUGGCGAAGUCACCAAACUCUCGCUACAAAAUGCAAAACUUGAAAAAGAAUUAGUCACAGCUCGUAGUAAUAACCGAAAAUAUAACAACGACACCACCACAAAACCCGGUCGAAACGGAAACGGAAACGGAAACGGACGGUCGUUAUCUGGUUCUGGUCGGGUCAAUGACUUUGACCUUGACCCAGAAGAUCUGAGAAGGGAACUAAACGUAAGGAAACAUAGGGAAGCGAGCCUUGAAGCUGCAUUGGCUGAAAAGGAAAUCAUAGAAGAUGAAUACAGGAAAAAAGUUGAGGAGAUGAAGAAGAAAGAAGGGGCAUUGGAGAAUGAUCUAGCAAAUAUGUGGGUUCUUGUUGCUCAGUUGAAACGAGAAGCAGGAGGAGUUGUUACUGAAGAUAAUGUUGUUAACAGAAGAGCCCCUUGUUGCUCGUUUGAAGGCUCGAAUGCAAGAGAUGAAGGAGAAAGAGCUAAAUUACAAUAA